AUGUAUGCACACACACACACACACACUGUCUCUCUCCUGUGCUCCAUUUCACGCAGCUACAGUCUCACGUACAGGAACAGCAGACAGGACGCACAACAAGGUGACUCCUGCAGAGGCCAUUCAAGCAGAGCCAGAUCAGUAAACAGUUUGGUGUCUAUUGACACAGCUUCAUCUGUGGCCCCAGAGACAUCAUGUCAGGGGACGGUAGCCAGGGUGACAAAACCCAGUGCAAUGGAGUCAAAAAGCACAGGUCAGCUCUUCCUGCUGCAAUGUUCUCACGAAACAAUGUCAGUAUGUGGAGCGUUCUCAAAAAAUGCAUUGGGAUGGAACUGUCUAAAAUCACAAUGCCGGUGAUUUUUAACGAGCCUUUGAGUUUUCUUCAGAGAUUGACUGAAUACAUGGAGCACACAUACCUCGUCCAGAAGACCAGCGCUUCACAAGACUCCAUCCACAGAAUGAAGUGUGUGGCAGCUUUUGCUGUAUCAGCUGUGGCCUCGCAGUGGGAGAGGACGGGAAAACCCUUCAACCCGCUCCUCGGAGAAACCUACGAGCUGCUCAGCGAGGAUCUGGGCUUCAGAUGGGUCUCUGAGCAGGUCAGUCAUCAUCCGCCGGUCAGUGCCUUCCACGCCGAGGGCAUAAAGAGCAACUUCAUGUUUCAUGGCUCCAUUUAUCCAAAACUCAAAUUCUGGGGAAAGUGUGUGGAGGCCGAACCGCGUGGAAUCAUCACCCUAGAGCUUCCUCUCCACAAUGAAGCCUACACCUGGACCAACCCGACCUGCUGUGUUCAUAACAUUAUCAUGGGACAACUGUGGAUUGAGCAAUAUGGAAAUGUUGAAAUUAUUAAUCAUAAAACUGGGGAAAGAUGUCGUUUGACUUUCAAACCGUGUGGCAUCUUUGGAAAAGAGUUGCAUAAAGUGGAAGGAUACAUUCUUGAUAAAAGCAAAAGAAAGAUAUGUGCUCUGUAUGGCAAGUGGACGGAGUGCUUGUAUUCUGUGGAUCCAGCGACAUUUGGUGCUCACAGAAAAUCUGACACAAAGCGCUCUGAGAAGGACAGGAAGGGAAGCACACAGAGUAAUAAUGCGGCUGAGGAGCCGGAUGAAAUGCCUCCUCCAGAAGCCGAGACAGUGCAGGUGAUUGCAGGAAGUGAGCUGAUCUGGAGGAUAUCACCGCGACCAGACAACUCCAGAAAAUACUAUGCUUUCACAUCAUUCGCUCUGCAGUUGAAUGAGCUGGAUGCAGAGAUGGAGCGAGCUCUUCCACAGACAGACUGUCGUCUGAGACCUGAUAUCAGAGCCCUGGAGAAUGGAGACAUAGAUGCAGCCAGUGCAGAGAAGAACAGACUGGAGGAAAAACAACGAACGGCUCGGAAACAUCGCUCCAAAUCAGACGAGGAAUGGAAAAUAAGGUGGUUUCAUCAGGGGCCAAACCCUUACACCGGAGCCCCAGACUGGCUCUACACCGGCGGCUACUGGGACAGAAACUACUCACACCUGCCUGACAUAUACUGACCUCAAACUUUGCAAACAUCUGGAGGAACGGAGCGUCCUGCUGCUCGGGAAAUGCAACUGAGUCUAUAUUACACUGUAUAUAUAUAAAUAAACGAGUGUCCGUUUUGGUGCUACGCCAUGAUUAUGAUGACACAAAGUCAUCAUAACCUACGGUUUAUCUUUUAGCCCAUUCAAGUGUAGUAUUAAUUUAUAUAAGACAUAUUCAAAUCUGACAAUAGAUAUGUGAGCUAAUGUGUGUAACGUCAUAAGAAUUUGUUGAAAACAUUUGUAACAUUCGGAAACUUUUAAACAAUUAAUAUGGAUUAUUUCCAUACAACUAGAUAUAGAACAAGAGUGUUUUUCUGACAACUAAUUUGAAUAGAUUAGAGUCUACAUUACAAGAAAUAAUGAUUCACAUCCAGUCAAAUGUGCCUGGAUGAAACAUAAAUGUCCUGAAAACAACUAUGCUGAAAAUAUGAAGAGUUCAUAUGCAAAAACCUGUAAGUCCAGCUGCGACAUUUGAGUCCUGUUUUUAUUUUAUUUUUUAAAAUCAGGCUCCUGUGAAAAUAUAAUUUUUUUAAAAUAAGGCAUUCAAUAACUGACUAAUAACCUUUUCUUUGCCAUUAAAGUGAAUUUACUGAAUCUAAACAUAGGAGCCU